AUGUCCCUUGUUGCCUCCAUUCCCUAUCGCCUUGCCAAUCUCGGGAACCUGCCCAUCGGCCACAGUCUCACUGUCCCUGCCUCCUUUGCUGGUAUAAGCAGAUCGAUGGAGAUCGGCUCCCUGGAUGACAUCUGGUCUGCCGCAACCACGACCCCGCCGGGGGUCUACAACAUCCACCAGCUGGUCGUGCGAACCUCGCCCCUCCUCGAUGUCAUCGUCGCCAGACUUGGGGCGGAUCCUGCCAGAGGGCCGACCGCGAGGGAGGUUUUGAUCGACGGCCUCCAGGCGUCUCUUGCCACGACCGGUCGCGAAUCCACGUUUCCCCUUACGCCGAGUCCCCAGGACCGAACCCGCACUGAGAUCAUUAUUCAAGCGCAUCGCAUCGCAAAGACCAUCAUCGGCUUUGUCAGAGAUGCGCCCGUCCGCGAGAUCAGCCCCCGUCUGGCAAUCCGUAGUCCCUGCGAGGGCCACCUGUGGACGCCGGCAGUCGCAGCCCUACUCACCGGCCCGCGAGGCAAUGCGCAGCUGAUGGAGUUAUACAACGAGUGGCUCCAUCGAAUGAUUCUCCUGCGCGACAGUCUGCUCCCUUUUGAAAACUUUACCGACGUCCCGCUGGUCAUCCCCGAGUCAUCUUCGCGAGGAAUCCGCGACUUUGAAGAAGCCCGCAAGUUCUUCUUGGUCCAAUGCAUGACUGGUGCCGUGCAGCAUCAGGCCAUUGUCAAUCUCGCCAAAGUCUUCACCUCUCGAGGCCUUCCCCGCGGCGGCUACGGCUUCCAGUAUGCCCACGGCCUCGUCCUUCCUGCAUUCUUAUCCGGCUCCAACUCGAUCCACCUCCUGCGAUACCAUCCCGCAAGACUAGACGACAGCAGUGUCGAUCUGCUCCUCGACUAUGAACAUACCGAAUACAUCAACGCGCCGCGGACAGUCUUGCAGAACAGCGAAGAAGAUGAAGACGUCAAGAGCGUGACAAAGUGGAAUCUCUCUUCGCUCCUUCCAUUCGACUCGUGCGCGCUGCAGUCCUCGUCGAUCGCCAUCGAUUCUACACACAACGACGCCCGUCGCCGAAUCGUCCGCCUUCAGCUCACCCUCGAGUCGGGAAUCGGUAUCGCGGUCGAUCUGGGCCAAAUCACUCGCGGCCGGCGAUACGCCUACGACUUGCAGGUCAACGCCAGCAAGCCAAACGGAACCGCCGGUCCAAAGUCCAACGGCGUCCAAGUGAAAGAGCUGCCCCGAACCCUCGUCCACAAAGUCGCCGACAUCCUAUCCCAGCCGGGACUGGUCAUCUCGCCUCGCGCCCGCCGAGAUGAGGGAAACAGCAAUAGCGCACCUGCAAUCCACGUCAUCCCCGUGGCCGACCCGAUCAUAAAGCUGGCGCUACUGGGCAAGUUAUAUCCGGAGAAUGUGAUUCUUGUUCGGGACCAGGAGAGUAUUGAGUCUGUUACCAAGACGGGCAAGGGGUUCUCGGAGAGGUUUGUGAUUUUGGAUGGGCAGUCUGCUUUUUGA